UUCCACAUUUUUAUUUUUAGAUAUAACAUCAGCAGAAACUACUAUUGCAACCACCCAAGAAACAACUUUGGAAACAACACCUACUACAACAGCUGAAACUUCUAUAGGAACCACAUUGGCCUCUACUCCUGACACAAAUGCUGAAACAACUGUUCUUUCAACAGCUGCAACUUCUGUAGAAACUACUUUGGACACUACUCCUGAGACAAUAGUUGAAACAACUGUUCCUUCAACAGAUAUAACAUCAGUAGAAACUACUAUUGCAACCACCCAAGAAACAACUUUGGAAACAACACCUACUACAACAG